AUGAAUGUUGAACUUGUAGAAGCACAAUCAACAUAUCUUAAUCACAUCAAGGUGUUGGUGGCUACAAGAAAGAAAACAAUUGGAAAAUUGAAUGAGUUGGCGAAUGAGUUGGAUAAUGUAAACACAAAUGUAAAUAUAUCUAAGACAGUUGGAUUUUCGGGUGCUAUAGUUGGGGGAGGUCUGGCUAUUGGAGGAAUCUUAGCCACUAUUCUCACUGCUGGCGCCGCUGCGCCGAUAGUUGCUGCAGUAGGUAUUGGUGUUGGAGUGGGUGGUACUCUUACUUCAACUGGGUCCAUGAUCGCCAAAAAAAUCAUCGAUGGAAAAACAUUCAAAGAAGCAGCUGCACUUGUACAGAAAGAACUACAAGCUAGGGAUGAAGUUUCCAAACAAAGUCACAAACUUGAACAAAUUAUUUCCGAGUAUACAUCAGAAGGUUCACAUAUAAAAAACGGCAUUACAAUAGUAAAGACCGGAUAUAAUGCCUAUAAAGACAUUAAAACCACAUUAAAGCCACUUGCAGUUAGUGGGACCUCAAGUAUUGGCAUAGGUACUCUCAAAAUAAGCCUGAAUAUUGCACGCACACUGGCCAAAGUAAAUAUUGUAUUAAGCUCAUUUUCAAUUGGUUUUGAUAUUUAUCAACUGGUGAAAACUGCUAUAGAAUUGGCAAAGAAAAGAAAGUCCAAAACGGGAGAUAAAAUCAGAGAAUUAAUGAGGGAGCUAGAAACACAACUUGAUGACCUCGAGAGGGUUGUAGAUGAGAUUCAAUCUAAUGAUUCACGGUAUUACUAG